AUGGCCGACCCAGUUGCCGAUUUUCUGGCCCGCGAGCAGGAGUUGUUCGCCGAGAUCGACGGCGGAAAUGCGCCAGCCAAUCCUCCGGCCCAAGGUGCUCCCGCCGAUUUCGGUGACGAAUUCGGGCAAAUGGCCGCCGCCGAGCCUCCAUCCAUUCCUAACAACGAUUCGGGCGUCGACCUCGCCACCGCCGAUGUGCUUGCCCCGGCGUUUGCUCUUGCCGACGCGCCAGUUGGCCAGCAGAACGGCGGCGGUUCGGAGAGGACAUCCCCUGCCCCUCGUGCCGCCAUGACCAAGGAGGUGGCCGAGAACAUCAAGCGGUGGCAAGAAGAGCAGAAGGUCAUGCUCGCUGCUAAGGACGCCGAGGAGGAGAAGACGAAGGACGAGUGGCGGAAGAAGGCGAAGGACGAGCUCGUCGACUGGUACAAGAAGCGGGAGCAGCAGCUGAAGGAGCUCAAGCAGGCCAACGAGAAAGCCGAGAAGCAGCACGCGGCCGAUGGAGACCGGGGCCAGAGCGUCGACGCGGCAUGGGAUGAGGUGGCCGCGCUGUGCGACGCGAAGCCGAAGGGAUGCUCGAGGGACGUGUCGCGGAUGAAGGCCCUCCUCGUGCAUCUCAAGGAGCAGCAGACUGGCAAGAAC